GUGAUAGACUAGUUACCAGUUCUCAACUCACUCGGUCGGAAACUCGAAGCUGCUCAAACAACGAGUUUACUUCCUGCGAGAAAAAAGUAGAUUUUCUCUUGAUUUGCUUGAGAUCACAUCAUUUAGACACCUACAAGCAUAAGCAGUUGUCAUGGUUAUGUCGAAGAAGGUUCUCGUCACAGGAGGUGCAGGCUACAUCGGCAGUCACUGUGUGGUUGAGAUACUUAAUGCUGGUUAUGAAGUUGUAAUCAUUGAUAACCUCUCCAACUCAGAUGCUGCAGAGUGUGUACGUCGAGUGGAAGAGAUAUCAGGGAAAAAAGUCCCAUUCUUCAUUGAGGACUUGUUGAACAAAGAAGCUUUAGAUGAUAUUUUUAAAAAGCACAAGUUUAAUGGAGUCCUCCAUUUCGCCGGUCUAAAAGCUGUUGGGGAGUCAGUUCAAAUACCAUUGCGAUACUACCACAACAACCUGACAGGAACUUUGCAUUUAUUAGAGUGUAUGAAGAAGCAUGGAGUGCAUAAUCUGGUCUUCUCUUCUUCCGCUACUGUCUAUGGCGACCCUCAGUUUCUUCCAAUAACUGAGUCACACCCAGCUGGGGGCUGCACCAAUCCUUAUGGAAAGACAAAAUAUUUCAUUGAGGAAAUGCUUAAAGACUUAUGUUAUGCGGAAAAGGAGUUUAAUAUUGUGUCUUUGAGGUACUUCAAUCCAGUUGGUGCCCACAAGUCAGGGAAGAUAGGGGAAGACCCAAAGGACAUCCCCAACAACCUACUACCAUACAUCACCCAAGUUGCAGUUGGCAAGAGGCCACACCUAAAUGUAUUUGGCAAAGAUUACGAUACCCCUGACGGGACUGGGGUUAGAGACUACAUACAUGUGGUUGACCUGGCCAUGGGGCAUGUUGCUGCACUCAAAAAGGUUGAAGAGAAGUGUGGAUGGAAGGUUUAUAAUCUUGGGACUGGCAGAGGGUACUCUGUGCUAGAGAUGGUCAAAGCUGUGGAAAAAGCAUCUGGCAAAGAGAUUCCAUACAAGUUUACUGAUCGAAGAGCAGGUGACAUUGCUUCAUGUUAUGCCGACCCUUCCCUCGCUGCAAAAGAGUUAAACUGGAAAGCCACAAGAGCUCAAAACGAGAUGUGUGAGGACUCCUGGAGGUGGCAAGCUAAUAACCCAAAUGGUUACAGGAAAACAGAUAAUUAACCGAGGUAGAUCUAUAGGUUAACCCAGAUACAAAUUGUUAAUAUACAAUUCUAAUAUAUGAUUUAGCUUACAAGGUUACAGAAACUUUAAUGAGACGGAUUUAUAACACCAAUAUAUUUAGGAACAAAUGAUCUGGCUUACUCGGACGAUCCGUACGGUCACAAAAAGACAAUUCACACAGACAGAUCUAUAGCACCGAUAUAUUUAGAUACAAAUACUCAAAACAGGCCCGUAGCCAGGAUUUUGAGCGGGGGAGGGUUCGUUUAACGAUUUAGUGGACCAUCUCUCGACCCCCCCCCCCCCCCCGAACCACCCCUGGCUACGGACCUGCAAAAGAGCCAACUAUUCUAAUAUACUGUAUAUGAUCUAGCUUCUAGCUUUCUCUACAAUCCAAACAGAAGUUAACCCAGACUCUGGCACCAAUAUAAUUUAGGUACAAUAGUACGGCUUUUUAUUUUAUUGAUGGUCUUUUUACUUUUUACUCUCUUUUUUAUAAGAACGUCUAAUUUUCAGUUGAGGCUGAGCCAUUCUUAUUUUUGGGACAUUUUAAGGCCGAAUAUGUUCUUACCGAUGUUCUUAUAUUUUAGUGUAUAUAAGAAUAUAAUACCCGAUGAAUUAUUAGGAAUAUAAUUACACUAUUGAUCAAUAGCAAUAAUAAGGUUGUUACUAUAAGCACAAUUUAAUUCUGCAUUUUACAACGCAUCAGGACUAAAAAAGAUUAUUUUUCUGCUAUCCUAUGCUAUCCUAUGCUAGCCUCGGCAUGUUCUUAAAAUUUGGUGAAAUCUCAGGCUGGACGUUCUUAUAAAAAAAGUUCUUAUUAAAAAGAGUGUAUCGACAAUAAAAAGAAAUUUUCUAUGUGUGCAAAGCAAUUUGUAAAGCGGACUUAGUGCGGAAUUGGGCUCAGCGAAAUGCAGGGAAAAGAGGCAGCUGUCUGUUAGAAGGGGAAUGCGAAAAUGUUUUUGUCGGACAAACGGCAUCACCACGCCAUUUUUCAUAUAAAUUUUUGUUUUAAAUUUCGUGUGUUUGAAGUUGCCACUAAAUACUGUUUUACUUUGUUGACUUUUUUUUUCCUUGAUACCAACGCCCCCAUGGUUUGACUAAAUUGAUAAUAACCGCGUAGUCUGUAGACAACUGCUCACAACCACUGCUUACGUCAAACUUUCUGGCGCACGCUCAACGCACGUGCUGAUAUCUUUGGCGAUACCUGAUUGGUUGACGUCAUAUUCUCACCAGUUGAACAGAGCACUGAAGUGGCUUUUUUGGUUACACGUAGAUAUGCAUUUGAAUUCGUUCUCCGUACUAAAGUUUUUUUGGUAAUGAUUUCGAUGUGCGGUUUAGCCAACAACACUCAAAUAAAUUUUGA